CCCGUCCUGGCUCCCCGUCACAGCCUGUCCAGCCCGGGCUCCUUCACAGCCCGGGUGUUUCUCACAGCCCGUCUAGCCCGGGCUCCCACACAGCUCGGCUCCCCUUCACAGCUCUUCCCGGCGGGGCUCCCUCCCAGCCCUGCUCCUGCCUCCCCACGCCCCGGGCUCCCCUCCCCGCAUCCCCCCUCCCUGGCUGGCUCAGCCCCUCAUGGGCGCUGUCAGGGGAUGUCCGCAGUCGUGGUCGCCUCACCGCGGCGGGAGCUGCUCCCACAGACCCUCCGGCUCCGUCAGGGGCAGCCGGGUGUGCCGGGUACCCGCGGGUGCACCAGUAACACAGCCUUGGUCGGCCGGCCGGGGGCUGCUGUCCCCAGGGCUCGUGUCCCUGCUCCCGCCUAGUCCAAAGCCGCCCCCUCGCUUGUGCCUCCCCGCAGUCGUGUCCCGGGGGACGGCGGCCAAGUGCUUCUGGCAUCCAGCAAACCAUCUCAAACACCCUUUCAGCUCAGCCUGAGCCCCACCGUACCUUUUUUAUCCUUUCUUCCCUCUUAACAGUCUGCUACUUAAAAAAAGAGGAAAUAUCCUUUAAAUCUUCUGUUUACGGCUGCCAGAAACGAGAUUAAAAAUACUCAAGAGUAACUGGGAGCGUCGAGGUCACUGCUGCUCUUUGAAUUAAACUCCUCCAAGUAAAAUACCCCCUGGAGGAGUUACCUCGGCAACGUCGGGUAAACUCAACAGCCUCGUGUCGCAGGAGCCGCCUACAGAAAGAAGAGCCUGUGAGCUCCGCAGUCAGGAAAAGACGCCGAAAAUCGAGUCCAAAAGUGUGUAAUCUAUGUUGAAUUCCUCGCUGGCCAGCAAAGGAAGGCGGCUGUGAGCUGAAAAUGCUUUAUAACUUCUCUCUAGGUUGCUGUGCCUCUUUCGCUCUUUGCUACUGAAGCACCAGGUUUCUGGACCUUAAUACAUUUAAGGACAGUAUGUCUGACAACCAGCAAAAUAAGAGGAGAAGCAAAAAAGGUUGUGGAAGUGUUGCUGCUCUUCAGGAUGCAGAUAAGACAAUGGAAGAAAUGCAUCAGUCAUACAAAGCUCUAGGAAAAAACAGCCAAACAGCAUCAACAUCCAGACCAUGGCCAGACCAACAAGUGACAAGUUUUCCAAGUAAAAAUCUGUUUGCAUUACAGAGGAGACAUCCCACUUCUUUGUCUUUCUUCCCAAAGAAAGACAACAUGGGAUAUGCCUUUGACUUCAGCUUUCUGCUACGAAUCUCGUGCCCAGAAUACAACAUUUUAAAGUCAUUCAUGGGUUUAGAUACUUUUCAGAUAAUAAAAGCACAAACACAACAAAGGUUAAAUGUAACAAUGCUAAAAACCAGGAACAAGAGAUCUAAGUUUCAUCUACCACCAGUGACAUGUGAGCCUGUAAGAACAAUUCAUCUUGCUCCUCUAGAGGAUGAUAUUGUCAAUGAAAGCAGCAACAUCAGAAAUAUUUUAAAUAUUAUGAACUCCAUUCCUCAGCCUAUAAAAUCAGUUACCAAAUUUUAUCAUAAUCAGUUAGACAAUCUAUUCAAAAGGCACAGUGAAAAGUCAUCAGACUUGAUUGUGGCUACAAUUUCUGAUAAGGUCACUCCAGCAGAAGACCUGUACUGCUUCAGCACGAGGAGCUGUUCUAAGUACCCCAGCAAGGAGAAAGAAGGAGUUCAGAGCCAUUUGGGAUGGAGGGAGGCUGCCGUAGGUGCCCACGCUGACAGGAAUGAGCAGGUGAAGUUCCAGUGCUCAGUGGUUUGUGAGAACACCGAUCCUGUGAGCCAAGCCGGGCUCUGUGGUGAUGGUCACCCCCACCUGAGCUCCAGUGAUGCUCUGGUCAGCUGUGGCAGAGCUCAGACAACAUUUACCAUGUCGAGCAGCAGCGAUGCCUCAAGAGCUGGCAACGAGCAAAGGGCAACAGAGAAUUGCUGCAGCACUGGCCCAGAAGAAGGAGAUGCUGCAGAGAUGGCGCUGGAUUGUGCACCGUGUGAAGGUGCUGAAAGGGCAAACUCUGUGCUUGGCAAUCAUGAUGUAGAUCUUUCCUGUGAAAAUGAAGUGGCAGAGGCCUACCAUGCCUUAGAAGAUAAUUCUGUAGUUGCAGUAAUUCCCACAGUAGAAGUUCAAGAUCCCUCUGGAAAACAAACAGAAAAUUGUGUCUGUCUCUCUGAAUCUGAAAUGGAAAAAGAAGAAAUGUCAGAAGCUACUCCAGAAGACCAAAGUGAGCUUGUACCUGCUGUUCAUGUUACAUUCUCUGAGCAAGAGCCAGCCAGGGAACCACACAUUGCUAAACAACUCCCCCCAAAAGAGAGUGGUGUUCAUGACCUGCCUCCUCAGGGUACUCAGAGCUUCAACGUUCUCGCUCACAAAGAAAACGACAAAAAUAAAAGAAAGAUUAAUAGAAAUAAAUAUUCAUCCAAAUCUAAAAUUAAUAACAAGCUAAAGAUGUCUAAAGACUUCAUUGUUUCUGAUGAGAUUACCGCAAAACAUAAUGCCAAGAGUCAGAUUUUUCCUUCUUUAGAACUGCCACAGGUGAAAUCUGAGACUUCCCUGAAGUGUCAGAAAAAAAAACCUCAAGGAGACAAAGGCCAUUUUUCUCAGAGUGCUCAGAAACUCAAAAAGCAAAGUUUCUCCUGCAGUUGCAAAAAUUCAGUUGAGUUAAAGAACAGUGUUACUCCACUUUCUCUGCCACACCCACCAUCUGCCUUAGAUUUUGGAGACCUGAAAUACAGUGACAUGUUCAAGCAAAUCAACUCAAAUGACCAAGGCCCGGGGAUUUAUGAAAUGUUUGGAACUCCUGUGUAUUCCCACGUGCGGGAGCUCGAGCGACACGAGAGCAGGUUUUAUAAAAGUGUUUGUUCUGCUCCCUCAGGGAGAGGCACUGUCAGCACCUGCAGAUGUACCUGCACCAAAGGGAGGGAGAGCAGCAGGGUAAGAAACACUCCAAAGAAAACACAUCCCAAGCCAAAGAAGACAAAACCUGGCACUAAACAAAAGCAGAAAUGUUCAAUCCCAAAGGAUGGAAGUACCAAGUUGAGUGACAGCAACACAGAACAAGAUAAUGUGGUAACUUCUGAUGCAGAUUUUCAAACAAACACGUCAAGAAGCACGGCAUUGUCUCAUGGAGAUACAGAUCACCAGGUUAUGUUGUUAGAAGAGCUUUCUCAGUCAACUAAGCAAAAUGAAAUUUUUUCAAAUUCAAACUUAUCAACUAUCAAAGAAGUUACUUUGGAGCAGUCUUUAGACAGACAGGAUGUAUCCAACCAUCAGAGAGCUGCUCCCUGUGGCCAGAAUCUUCUUCAGCUCAGUGAUGAAGACUGCAGAGACUGUGUUGCUCCAAGGAGCAGUCUGCUAACAACAGACCAGAACAUCUGUGUAUCCCAGUGCAGAGGGAAUAUGGAUGGUGGCAAAGGCCUGGAAUCAGACCAGGCCUCCUUCAAGUCUGUCAAUAAGGGUGAAGCAUCACCCUUUUUAGAUAGACUGGAGUGUCAAUCCCCUACAGAAAAAUCAAAUCACAGUUGGGCAAACACCCUCCAAAAUAGUAUUUUGGCAAAUGAAUUGAGUCAGCCUUCAGUGACUAAAAGCCCCAGUUUCCAGACAAGUCAAAACACUUUGUCCUGGACAGAUAAAGAUGUGACUGAUGAGUUGCUUUGUUGCCUGGCUGAAGAAUUGCUCAUGCUCGAAGAAAAAGACACGAACUCUGCAAGAACAAAACAUACAGGUUCUAAAAUGCAAAACACACAUGCUGAAGAAGAAAAUAUGAUUAGUGGAGAUGGAGCAAUAGUAAAUAAUGCUCUAGAGAAGAGUUGCAGUAAAGCCUUUUUGGCACCAAGUGAAGAAAGUGGCCUUUUAAACUUAGAUGAAUCUACUAAAUUAUCAGGAAGCAGCUUAACUACCAAGGAUCCUAUCACGUGGACAAGAGGGGAAGUCCUUGGAAAGGGAGCCUAUGGCACAGUGUACUGCGGUCUGACCAGCCAGGGACAGUUAAUAGCUGUAAAACAGGUUGUUUUGGACACGUCAGAUCAACUCACUACAGAAAAGGAGUACCAGAAGUUUCACGAGGAAGUUGAUCUCUUGAAGACAUUGAAGCACGUCAACAUUGUAACGUACUUAGGGACUUGUCUGGAACACAACAUUUUAAGCAUCUUCAUGGAGUUUGUUCCUGGCGGCUCCAUUUCCAGUGUUAUCAAUCGCUUUGGCCCGUUGCCAGAAGUUGUCCUUUGCAGAUACACCAGGCAAAUUCUGCAGGGGGUUGCCUAUUUACACGCCAACUGUGUGGUGCACAGAGACAUCAAGGGCAACAACGUGAUGCUCAUGCCCAGCGGGACGGUGAAGCUCAUUGACUUUGGCUGUGCCAGGCGCUUGGCCUGGAUCAGCCCCGGCGGCACCCGGAGCGAGACGCUGCGGUCCGUGCACGGCACUCCCUACUGGAUGGCUCCGGAGGUGAUCAGCGAGUCGGGAUACGGCAGGAAAUCAGACAUCUGGAGCGUCGGCUGCACCGUGUUUGAGAUGGCAACGGGAAAGCCGCCCCUGGCUUCCAUGGGCAGGAUUGCAGCCAUGUUCUACAUCGGGGCCCACAGGGGGCUGAUGCCUUCCCUUCCCGAGGGAUUCUCCAGCGCUGCCGUGGAUUUUGUGCGUGCCUGCUUAACCAGAGAUCAACAUGAACGUCCUUCUGCUCUGCAGUUGCUGGACCAUCCCUUUGUGAAAGGAAGACAGUGAAUUUUUCAAAACUCUUGCCAAGUGAGUAUCCAUUUUCCAUAUAAAAGAUUUCCACUCGUGAAAAGAAACCAGAAGGAACUGGACUUUUAAGGGACAGUGGAAAUACUGGAGAGCAGUUGUGUACAAGGGGUCUUAGGCCUUUGAAUAAACAGGCUCCAGCCUUCCACCA